AUGGAUACGCCAGCAUUACCUGCGCCAAGAGACGCGCGUGAAAAGGAGAUUUUGGAGAGGUUGGCGGCCACCCGUGAUCAACUGCUUCUGCUGAAACAGGAUCGCGCCCAUUAUAUCAGGAGCCAGGAUGUCAUGGUGCUGUAUGACCAAGUCAUCGAGAACGUCAGGCAGUUGAACGAGAUUCGGCAAGGAGAACAUGGAGGUGAAACACAGUUGGACAAGGUGCUUGAAAGCUGCUUUCAGCUCAUAAGCUUGUUCUUUAUGACCAUUGGUCGAACCAGUGAGGCGCCUGCAGCCUACGCCCUCACCUCAACCAUCAAGCGCCUGCUUGAUCACCUGGCGGAAGCUGAGCUGUUCUCGGCCAAGGACCUCGAGAGCAUGUCUGAGACAUUGCAAAAGAUUUCUGGUAUCGUCAGGAGCACGGAGUCACGCCACUCACCCUAUCUGGUCGAGCUACUUUCAAAUCGAUUGGAGCUCUGUCAGAGAAACUUGGAAAGCCUACAAAGACGGCUUGACCAUCUCGGCCCGCCUCUGCCAGCCAUUCACGAGAAGCUCAUCUCAAUAUUGCGUUCCAUGUCUUUGGCGAAUACAAGGUCCAAGUUUUCUUCUUCAGAGGUGCUGAAGCUCCAAGCAGAGCUCAAAGAGAUCGAUGCUAGACGAGUUGAUGGCAAUUUUCUCGACGACAACGGCAAUGUGGCUCGAGGCAGCGAUGCUGUUUCGACUUUAUUGACGCGUUGCCUUGAGUGGACCGAAAUCGUUCUCGAGCGGAAGGGACGGGUUCCUGAAAAUUUCAAGAAUAUCUACGAUGUGCUCGUCAGCAUUCGCAACAAACUUGACAGCCUCUCCUUGACUCAGGCUUGGUCGCUGCGCGAGACCGACUUGUAUGAUUUUCAGCGGACGCUCGACAAGAUUGACGAGAAGCGGGUCAAUGGAAAUUUUAUCGACGAGGAAGGAAGACCUGCAGAGCUAUAUGUACAAAGGACUCUUCUCUACCUUAUCAGGCGCAGCUACGGUCUGAUCUACUCACUUAUGAUUCUUUCAGAGCCCGUCUCUGAGGCGCUCAUUCCGAUCUAUAAUCAGCUCCAGACUUUAAAGCGUAUCCUUAUCGAAGUAAAGGAUUCUGGCGGAGUAAGCUCCGUUAGGGAAUUGUAUCCCUACAGUAUGAAGCUGAACAUGAUCGAUAAUAUGCGGGUUGAUGGUCGGUUUAUGCAUGGAGACGACAUACCUGAAGGCCAAGGCGCCCUCAACGAACUGUUGGCGGAUUGCUACGAACUAGCAUACGAAUUGAGGGUCGCCGCGGAAGCAAAGGCUGAGGAAACCCAGACUGAGGACGAACCAAGGCUUGAAGAUGGGUCAGGGGCAAAUGAUGCCAGCACAGUGGGAUCCAGAAUUGCACGGGAUGAGGUUUUGACAUGA